GUUCAUAACUUAAAAUAAUUAAUUUCUCAUAUAGAAUAAUUUUCUGUAUAACAAUUUUUAAUAAAUAAUAACUUAGAAUAACUUGAAAUAAAAUAUAAUAAAUAUAAUAAACAUAAUAACUUAAAAAAAAAAUUUCUCGUAUAACUUCUAAGUGCUCUAAGUCUACUCUUUCAGUGUUCGACUAUAUUUCGUGUCUCUUUUCAUAAAAAAACAUACACGACACCCGGCCACGUCAAAAUAAAUUAUUUAAAAAUGAUUGAAAUUGAAUCUAUGACAAGGUAUGUUUCACCUGUAAAUCCAGCUGUAUUUCCAAUACUAGCUAUGGUUCUUCUUGGAAUUGGUAUUUUCUUCACAGCCUGGUUUUUCGUUUACGAAGUCACUAGUACAAAAUUCACAAGAGAUAUUUUUAAAGAAUUACUUGUAUCUCUUGUUGCGGCACUAUUUUCGGGUUUUGGAGUAUUAUUUUUAAUGCUAUGGGUUGGAAUUUAUGUAUAGUUUUUGGCCUUUUAUCCAGAGUAUCAAUAUUUUAACAUUCCAGCACUGUUUUGUAAAUUAUUUACAUUAAAUAAUCAGUCACGUUUUUUAACUUUCAAAUAUCAAAAUAAACAUCUAAUCUUUUAAAACUAA